UUGCUUUUUUUAUAUUGUCUGAGCUGCCCUUCCAUUCUAGAUCAAGCCAAAGCAUCUUUAUACAAGAAAGGGGCAGCGCCAUCUAGUGCACAGCAGUGUAUUGCCAGCAAAUACACUGCAGAAAAAAAAAAAAAGUAAACUUCAUCCAAAGCAGUUGAGCACUAGAUGGUGCUGGUACUUGUUCCUGUAAACACAUUGGCUGGUUUGGCCUGUUUAGGACUGAAGAGCAGCUCAACCCACCGACACAGACUUAUCAACUGCGUAGUUGCAUUGUUUUGUCAACAUAAUAAAAUGGCAAGGAUACAAUAAAAAAAACUAGUGUGCAUGGUGGAAACAAAAGCCUGUUCAUUCAGGUCUGUGUGAGGCAUCUUAUUUUUUCCGUUAGUCUCUUUUUAGAACCACUGUAUCUCAUGAUUUAGUGUAUGGUAUGUGUUAGAGUUCUACUGGCACAGGUUCUCUGCCUGGAUGAACUUAGUCAGAGGAGUUCAGGGCAUUUAUUCAGGAAACUUUGAGAUGGCCUUGAGCUUUUUUCUACCCUUCCAGUUUCAAAGUGUGGAGGAGGUUGGCCUAUAGAAAGUAUUAAUCACAGACAGCGAGGGAGAGCUCUUAUUUACUUCAGCAUGUCGGCAGCAAAGCUGCUAAGAGUCUGCGUGUGGGUUAGCCUGAGUGUCUGUGGCUUCGGGGGAGCCAGAAGGAAAGAAACAGGUCCCAUUAGUGCAGUCAAGAGCACAGAAACCAGUCUUCUGUUUCACAAGACAGUGAACGAUGCUCACCUGAUGUAUGAGUUCCUGCUCGGAGGCCUGGAUAUUGACACUGACUACACAAUCACCCUGCAGGAUGAGGAGCUGGCCUCCCUGCGCCGCGGCCAGGCCUUCGUCUCCCUCCUGAACGACGACUGCGUUCCCAAGACUCACAGCUCCGUGUACCGCAGGCUGGCCAUGCUGCAGUCGCAGAGGGAGCCUCUGGAAAUGGACAAGUAUGAGCAGCUGGUGCUGGGGGCCGUGUGCUCCGCGUACCAGGUGCGGCUCAGCCGGGGGGACGGAGAGGAGCAGAAGGUUUGGAGCAGGAUCUUCGCCCGCCUGGUGAACGCCACACUCAUAGACCUUCGUAAAUAGAGUUAGUGGGACUGACCAGCACGGUGGCAGGAGGAGGAAAGGCUUCGGUAUGCGUUUUCAGUGCGGUAAUUGGAUUGUUGUGGAUUGCGGGAACACCUCUGAGAACUCAUUAAUGAAACAACACGAUAUGGGAAAUGGAAACGAACUGAGCAGAACUGAUGAGGUUUCACCUCACAUUGCUGCUUCUGCUUCCUACCCUCCUCCACAUGUGCAGCAGUUUCUCUCUCUCUCUCUCUCUCUCUCUCUCUCUCUCUCUCUCUCUCUCUCUCUCUCUCUCUCUCUCCCCCCCCCCCCCCCUAGAUUCUGCCCCUCAUUGUCGUUAAGGUAAUGUGCUGCACUGGCUUGCACCAGGGAGGCCAGGCCAGGCUCUAUGCAAACAUAUCAGUGUUUAAUUGGUACUCGAUGGGACUCGAUGGGCUGUUAUAGUUCAAUAAAGAUACGAAUUAUCCAGUGCUGUGUCCUGGUUGAAAUGCAUCUCUUCCCUUCUAUUUUAACAGGUUGAAUGUUGACUAUGAAGCCCCUUUCACACUGGCAUGCUCUACCCAGGACUGUGGCAGGAGUGCCAGUGUGAAAGGGGCUCUAGUGAACUCACAGUGUUUAUGUGUUUUGCUGAAGCUAGCUACUUGCAUUAUCACACCAUCAAGUCUGUUUCCAGUUUUUCUUUGUCUCACAUUUCUCUAUAUUGUAGAAGAGAUCAAUGUGAUAAAGUGAAGUCAUUUUCAUCGUAGUUGGGGUUUCAAACCUUUUACAAGGUACCAGGUUAUACUACAGAGAUUAAUGGGGAGGGAGUGUGGUCGGUGCAGCUGCAUUAUUUGGUGGAUCUGCUGGGAACCUCUGCAUGAGUGAAUAUAUUUUAAUAGAAUUGCCCAUUUAGGCAGUCUGCCUAGUGUGACAAUGGACCUUAAAUUACACACAGUAGUUCACAAAGCAAGAAAGCAACUACAAUGUAUUUUCAGGUCCAUUAUCUCCCAAUAAUGAAACUGAACUUGGCUAUUUGGUCAAUGGAGUGGGAAAGUUGCGAGGUAUGUAUUAGUCCUUCAAUGAAGUAUGUAAUUACCCUUGUAGAACCAAACACAUCUGGAGUAAGGUGAUAUUACUUCAUACAGGGGAUUGAUGCUUUCAUGACCAAAACAAAAUGAUUAUGUGUUUUUCUUAAUUAUGUCAGUGGGAGAAUAGAAACUUCAACAAAACAAAGAAAAAUACCAUUUACCUUUGUGUCC